ACACUCUCUCUCUCUCUCUCUCUAUCUCACAUAUCAGGUCUCUUUCAACAGGGAAAAAAGUGGGAUUUAACCCAUGAUGUUCCCUCCACAUGCAGCCCAAUAAAAUAAUUUUGCCUUCCUUGUUAAGCACAAAGUGGGAAAGACACCACUCAAUUGGGGAUUAAGGAGGGCAUGCAAGUUUGGUAUUUUUGCCCUCCCUUGUCCCCUCAAUAAAGCUUCCUUAGGGAGAUUCAUAGAUACAGCAAAGGCUUCUCACUCGCUUCCCCUCCCACAUCACAAAAAGAUACCAAACCGUACCAACAAGCGCAAAGAACCCAAGUUAACUCGCUCUUCCUUCCCACCCCAGCCAUCCAAACGCCUGAAAAUUUGUCUUUGGGCAGGAAGAAGCAAGAACACCAGCUUGUGCUUGGCCCUCAUGUUGUCUCUCUCAAGGCAAAACUCCAGUCCCUCAUCCUGUUAUCACCUCUAACAUGCCGAAGGGAUCUCUUGGCGUGAGUGAGAGGCGGACCCACCCGCUCAUCUGGUGCGCGGCCGUCAUCUGCGUCAUCCUCUCGUUGGCCGUGAUCAUUGCCGGCAUCGCCGUGUUCAUUGGCUACAUCGUCGUCCACCCCCGGGUGCCAUUCAUCAGCGUCGUCGGAGCGAACCUCGACAUCUUCCGGAUCGAUUACGGCGGGGUCCUGGUGACCCAGGUGACCAUCGACAUCAAGGCCGAGAACGACAACGCCAAGGCCCACGCGAGCUUCCAGAAGAUGGAGCUGAUUCUCAGCUACGACGGGGAGAACAUCGCGCUGCUCCGCGCCUACCCGUUCGACGUGAAUAAGAAAGACUCCAUGGUGUUCCACUACGUCGUGCAGUCGUCCCCGAUCCCGCUCAACCCAGAGCAGUCCAACCGCGCCGGCGAAUCUUUGGAAAAGAACAAGGUGACGUUCGACCUGAAGGGCACUGCCAGGGCCCGCUGGAGGGUGGGGCGUCUGGGCUCGGUCAAGUUUUGGUGUCACCUAGACUGUCACCUCCAGUUUCACCCUCAAAACCAGACGUACAUGCACUUCCACCAUUGCAGUUCAAGAGGCAAAUGAGAGGGAAACCCUCAGUCUUAUUCCACUACGAAUCGGGUCAAUUGCAAUCAUCGACGACGACAAGUCUCGUGUGAACUUCAAUAACGUGAUCCACCGGCCCUGAUGACAUCGAUAUCUUGGACUUGUACCCAUGAUCCCCCAUUGCUAAUACACACUCCACUAGGCUUAAGAGUAACAAAGCUGUAAUUUUCUUUGUGGAGCAAUAAAGCUGCUAGAGCUAGCAAUCACUUUUUUUCUCUUCUCUUGUCUUUCUUUACAACCUUCUGAAGCAGCUUCUGGAGUUCUUUGC